UCUGGGUUGUCGAGUCGAGUCGAGACACAGGACACAGGCCAGAGGAAAAUUGGAUUAGUAUAAGCGUAUUUUCUUGACUGAAUUCACCAUAGUUCGGACUUUUCGCCUGCUCUUUGGUCGUUUUCUUCAGUCUUUUUAUUUAUUUAUUUCUCACUCCACGAUUGUUGGCUAGCUGCGCGAUCGAUCGAGGAAAAAAGUGUAAUUAAGCGUAGCAAGAAACGUAUCAGGCUCCGAGGCCUCCGUUAUGAGUGACUUAUCACCAAAUAUUUGUUUUGAUGCAUUAUCAGUGCUAAAUAAUAAUGUACAGCUGGUCGAAAAAGUGUGCAACAUAUGUGGAGCCUCACAUUAUACCCAAAAUUGUCCAGAAUUCGCCAAAGGAGAUCAUGUCCCGGAUAAGCCUUCGCUCAACCUCUCAAGGUCAUCGGUACCCAACGGGUUGCUCAUCAUGGACGGAGCGGACGGAACCAGUUGCGUAGUGACGUCACAGAAGUUUGCCAAAGGCACCCGCUUCGGGCCGUUGCUGGCGCAGAAAUCGUACGCACCGAUCAAGAACAUCCCGUUUCCGCUGGUGCUCUUCGCCACUCCCUGCUACUACGGGGGCAGUUCGGUGGCCAACGAGCUGGACUUUGAUCUGCAGACCCUGUUCAAUGGACGCAACGUAUAUCUGGACACCAGGAACGACAACAAGUGCAACUGGAUGAUACAUGUCAGCCUGGCGCGGUUUUCCAACGAACAGAACUUGAUUUGCUACCAGGAAAACGAUGAAAUUUACUACACAGCUAUAAAAGAUAUAGAGCUAGGGGAUAUACUACGCGUGUGGUAUUCACGUAACUAUGCAGCUAAAAUCGGUGCGGCCCUGCUCGAUCCGAGUCCAUUUGAUGUGUGCAAUAAUAUUCUUCGAUCGGUUAGUUUGGACUACGGUUUCGAUCUGGAUCCGCACCAAGGCUACAGCGACAGUUUCCCUUCAACAUCCGGUGGACAGCUGUCGACCUCGGCCUCCUCGCUAAUGAUCGGUGGUGGAAGCGAUAUGAACAACAAUACCAGUGUCGGAAUGGGAGGAGCCGGACUCUGUUCAACGGUGGCCGAAAUGGGCUCCAACUACGACAAGAUCUCAUUGCCACCGAUAGACAGUCUAAUGAAAACUACAUCACCGAAAUACACCAAUCACUAUAGUAUGUUUGACAUCGACUUGAUUGCACCUCCGAAUCCACACCACUCGGGAUCACCAUGCGACGAUUUCAGCGCAUUCGGUAGCCCAUCUACUUCGCAAAUGCAUCAUCAUUCUAGUCAACAAUCUGCCAUGGCACAACAAUCACACACGCUCCAUUCGCACAUUGUGAACAUACAGCAGCAGUCACCUCAACAAACAAUGCAGCACCAGCAUCAGCAACAACAGCACCAGCAGAUGCUGCACUCUGCCUUCACUGGUUAUCACACUCUUCCCGAGGACACGCUGAGUCCUGCCGAUCUGAUCAACAUUUCACUCGGAGCCAGUGACGUUAACAUAGAGUUCGAUACCUUCGGAACCGGCAACUUGAUGGGAGCCUAUGAUGGGGGUAGCAACAGUGGCAGCAAUCUCGGCGAUUCCGGCAUAAGCAUCAGUGGCACCAGUCAAACCGUGGACAAACUGCACAGCCGAUACUCGUCAUCGACGGAUUCGUUGGCCACAAUCAACGACAAUCUGGCCAUGGUACCUAUUCCGACAGUGAGCUCGGUUCCGCCCGGUGGUGGUGCUUCGACUAGUGCCGAUCCGGACGCCGACAAGAAGUUCCCUUGCGAGAUUUGUCUCCGAAAGUACAUGACCAAGUCAAAUUUGGACAAGCACAUGCGGAAGCAUAAUCUGUUUUUGUGCGUUUUCUGUAUGAAGCUAUUCCAACAAGCGGAUGAGCUCAAGGAUCACGAGUGUUCGGAGCGCAAGUCGAAAACCACCUAUCUGCACUGUCCGAAAUGCUUGAAGGUGCUGUCCAACUCGUGGUCCCUACAGCGUCACAUGAAGAUUCACAAGGAUCCCAACGAAACGGUCGUGUUGAACAGCGCCGAAGAGUCGGUUGAUAAAAUUUUUAUGGAACCAAAAGAGGAAUCGAUUUUCGAUGAACUCGACUAUUCACAGCUGGACGAUUUGAAGCCGAGCCUCGAUGCGCUGGACGUCGUUCGGAAUGAUAUCAUGAUAGUUGAUGAUGUGAGCAAUGUCACUUUGAUCGAGCCGGAACCGAUAAUAGUGCAGAACAUGGAAAUUGAACCAGUAGAGUGUACGAUCGUCAAACCUCAACCAUCAGUGGUCACGUUACCUAGUAUCCCAUCGAUCCCGAUCACCAACACAAGCUCGAGCAAAGACAUGAUCACCGAUGUGCAGGCUGCAAACGGAAAACAGCUGUACAAGUGCAUUGUUUGUGCCAAACUGUUCAAAAAUCCAAAUGCUUUGGAGAAACAUCUCAGAAAGGUUCACACUGUAUACACCGUCUCGAAUGACUACAAGUCCGAAAAAAAGGUACUGACUCAAAUCAAUCAGAAGAAAACUUCUCCAAUCAAACCAGCUAUUGCUAAAGCUCUGGCAACUAAACUUACUCAGAAAAAUAAGAAAAUCGAGUCUACUGAACCGACUCCACCGGUACCUGCACCAAUAAUCCCCGAGCAACCGAUCCACGUACCUCGUCAAUACAACAAAAAGAAACAACCGACAAAAGCUACUCCCCCGCCUUAUCAACCGUCAGUGAACUCGAUCGCAGCGACAGAUACCGGAACGAUCGUUCCGGGCGGGGCAAACGCAAACGCAGCUGCUUCCAACAAAUCUCACAGCAUCAUCAUAAUCUCGAACCUCGAGUUGACCAACAACAACCUGAUCGAUACUAGUCAGCUAUUUUUGAACCAAAACGGCAACGCUCUAGGUAAUAAGAUAGACGUUAAAGUAUUAAACUCCACCGACAAGUUACCAAAGUUGGUUCCGAUCUCGAACCAUGGCACACAUCACUUUCAUCAACCGACAGCGCUUCUACCGACAUCGAUUAUCCCGGCUUCAGCAAAUGGGUCACAAACCACCAUUGUACCAACUAGUCAAUACCAGAACGUUUCGAUUCCAACGCUGCAAGCCAACGCCGGCACGGAAGUGAUCCUGGAAGGCUACACCGGAGGCACCGAAAAUGGCGCAAUACUGGACAACACCAACCAACACCAGUUGAUCAACGCAGCUUCCACGUUCGUCAGCAAUGCUGGUGAAGUGAUCGCAGGGGACACGCAGAUGAUCACCCUCUCUCCCAUCAAAAACAGUCUCGGUGAGAACCAUCAGCUGAUGUCCGUUGACGAACAUCAAUCCGGAAACGCUAGUUUUCUCCAUUCCGAGGAUCUCUCUGCGGACGCUGCUUACGAUAACACCAGUAACCCCUGCUGCGACGAGGACAGCGACAGCGGAAACCCUGCUAACCAAACAUCUUCAUCCUGCUCGUCGUCCUCCGCCACCAGCUAUCCGUGCGAGGAGUGCGAUCGCGUGUUUCCGAAGAACUACCAGCUGAAGCGGCACAUGGAGAUCCACGAUAGCACCUACUACAUGUGUCCCUACUGUGACCGAUCGCCGCUCAAGGCUAAAACCUCGGUCCGGAAGCACCUUAAUACGGUCCACCCGGAACGGGCUCCACCGAAGGAGGAAAUGAACAAAUUCAUCGCCACGCUCGUCGUCAAGGAUGAGAAAAUACUGGGAGAGUUGUACGCCAAAAACGAGCGUAAAAUAAGGAACAAAUGCGCAAAGCUGCAGGCCAAGCAACUGCAGCAACAGCAACAACUGCAAAAGCAGCAGCAACAGCAACAACAACAGAAUCGAGUGAUUGUAGCGAGCACACCUGUACUGAAUCAGGUGGAAGAACAGCAGCACACCAUCACACCGGAAGAUAUGUUGAAUGUAUACCCGAGCAGCAGCAACAAUAGCAGCGACGUUGGAAGAAGUGUAGUAGGAGAUCAACCAGGCGGAGGACAGUCUGUGUCGGUAGUCUACGAACCGGUCAAGGAUGGUGGUAAGAUUGGCAACGGGACUAAUGUAAUUGUAGAAAUCAAGAGUGAGGAAGGGGACAGUGUGUUGAAGCGGAAAUCGGAUGAAGUGCUUGGUGCGAUACAGCGAGGAAAUGGUUCGACCUCGACCUUCGAUGACAACAAGAGGGUUAAGAUGGUCGAUGUCGGUGGUCGACAGGAGGUACGAUACAUUGCCACGGCUACGGCAACUACCACAACAGCCGGCGGCGGCAUAAAUGGUGCCCUGAAGUACAUGCGGAAGAAGUCGGUCGGCAUUGGCGAAGGCAGCAGCAGUAGCGGCCAGGCGAUGCAUCCUCCCAGUGGCAGCAAUGGAACGAUGGACAAUCAGAUGAUUCUGGACAACCUGUUCGAUAACAUUUCAAUCGAAAACUACGAAUUCGACGAUAAUACAUCGAUCCAGUCGUACAAUUUGAUCGACGAAAGGUUCAAAACGUCGUUCGAUCAAAUCCAGGAGAAGCUGGACGCUGAGCUGUCCUUCGACGAAGAGCAAAUCAAGUGGCAGAACAAUCUGAUGACGAACGAUUCGUCCAACGAAAUCGGCGACAAGCUACUCAAUGUUGAGGAAAACAUUAUGUUAAUCUAGUUUCGUUCCGGUUGCGGAUAGGGACCGAGUGGGGAGAGCAGAAUGACCUUAUUUAAAUGUCAGUUUUGUUUGCGUUCUUAAUAUUUUAUCACUGUGUAGUAGCAUCGUCACACUCGUAUAGUGGUGGUACUUUGAAAAACUUUUCUCUCUCUCCGUACACCAGUUUUCUGCUUAAACUACCCGAUAGAUUCAUAUAUUUAUUAUUUUUAUGAUAUAUUUAUUUAAACAAAAAUUGGAAGUGAGGAAACGUCAAUUGUGUGAAUGUUCAGUAUGACAGCAAGAAUUAAGGCAUAACUGCCUUUGAUUGAAAGCUAGGCUCUAAAAUACCUAAACGAAAAUAAAACAAUUUCUAAGAUAAGUUCUAUUUAUCUGCUAAAUUAUGAGUCAAAAACAAAAAAAAACUUUCGUGAUUGUGCGUGCCUGUUUUAUUGUCGAAUAGAGAGGGGGGAAACUUAACCACUCUCACUAAAUUUAUAGAACUAUUGAAUGGUGAAUAGCAUCCAAACAAAAAAGAGGGCACGCGCUAUUCAAACUACGCAGCAGGUACUGCACUUACUUUUAUACAUGUUUCGAAAUACUUUGCUUGCAUUAAAAUACAACAAAAACAACCCUAGAAGCUUUAUGCGUUUGGAAGAAUAUUGUUUCUAAAACAGGUUAACGUCACUUCGUUGAACCAUGGUAAAGUAAAAUUUUAGGCACUGCACUGUUAAAAGUUAAAAAUAAUACUCAAUUCAGUCUAAAAAAUGUUUCCUUGGCGUUUGUUUUAAUUCGUUUAUGAAUUUUGUUUUAAUAAUUUGUGCUUAUUUCGAAAAAAAUAAAUUCCAAAAUUUCUAUUCAGCAAUAUUUAUGUUCCCACUUUACCACGGUUCGAUGAGAAGCUUAUACUGAAAUCGCAUUCUUUAACUUACUGCUGGCGUUCUUUUCUUCAAAUGCAUAUUUCAAUGCCACAAUCAGUAGCUGAACAUAAUUGAACAGAGAGCGACAAAAUCGAAUUAUAGAAAAAAAAAAUCGAAUUUAGUCAGAUCUAUGAUAUUGUAUCCAACUAGCCUAUAUGAUUAGGAAAUUAGCGACAAACAAAAACUGAGAGGCAGGCAGCUUAGCACAAUUUUUUUUAAACACAAGAAAAUAGUAAAAUAUGACAACGACACCAAGUGCCAUUCUUGAAGAGGAUUUCCCAACGAUUAGGAAAACAAAAGGUAUGGAGAUACUAAACGGAAAAUUUAUGAAUACCGAGUGCCUUGUUACACCGGCCAAGAAAAUGUAGAUGAAUUCUUGAAACUAUUUUCUUACUAACGAAAAGCACAAUUACUUGCGUGAAGAGGAUUACGAAAUGAAGGUUAAAAUAGUGUAGCAGGAUGGCGAAACGGCCAAGAAUGGAUGAAUCUCCCCGUAAGAAAGGAAAGUCGAAACAAACUAAUGCAAUUGUAUAGAGAAAAUUGUGAAUAUAGAGAGAUUGUAAGAAACGUGCAACUGAAAACCAAAGCUGGAAUGAUUGUUGUUAAACCGUGUACUGUUAAUAUUACCCAUAUCAACGCAUAAUUGAACUAUGUAUUGUUUAUUCAAGUUUGCUCUCCUUACAAAAUAUCGAAAUAUCGGAAAAAUCCAAUCACAAACAAUAAGCAUAUAAUGAAAAAGCAAGACUUAGUGUUAAGCACCGAUGACCAAGAGAGAUUAUACGCAGGGGGUCAUUUCCGCUUUCUGUUUCCUUACAACAGAAAAAAAAGAAGAACGGAGGACCAAACCUCACACAUACCAGUGUUUUACUAUUGUUUCAUCAAAUGGUUUCAUUUAAGCCAACUUUUCUUGCAUGUGGUAGAUAGUAGCAAACCCGCGAGCUUUUGGUUUUUUUAUUUUAACUUAUUGCGCAAAGUGCUAUUUAUGGUUUCUGUAGAAAAUUCCACAUACGGCAGCAUAUAGGAAAACAAAACUUCACAAACAUUCAAAAUGAGAAGGACUAAUUGAUGAUAUGUAAUGAGAAUUUUAACAAAAGGAAAAAUACAUUUUCGAGAAAAUGCAAAUGAAACGCAGCCUCUUAACGAAACGCAAAGACAAAACCAAUUUAAGAGAGCAAUAUAGAAAGAAAUACAAAACCAAUCCAAAGCAUAUAUAGCAAAAGGGAAAACAAAACAUACUUUCGUGCUAAAUCGAAUCGAAAACUUGCGUUUUUAGAGAAAGCAAGGCUAGAUAGCGCUGGCUGGCAAGGCCACAAACAGAGAGAGCGAGACGAUUAUUUAUAUAAAAUAAUAAUGAAGAAAAAAAAAAUCAAGAAUGAGAUGCAUAUUAGAGUGUAAUAAGUUAUAAUUUGUUGUUCACGUCGUGUGUAAUUCUUAUACCUUAAACCAAAACCCCCAACAAAACAUGAAGCUUUUUCUUUAUGGUUAUACAUUUUUUUCCUGUGCAACAUGAAUGAUAGUAAUAUCUCUAUUGGAAUA